CCACCUCUCUCUCUUUCUCUCUCUCUCUCUCUGUCUGCAUGAAGAGGCCAAAGCCUGUAAAGCCGGCAAACCGGCUCUCUUCCACCCCUCCACCUCCGUCACGCCAUUCCCCAUCGCUCUCUCGAGCAAGUUCCAGAACCAUCAAAAUCUCUCUCCAGUCGACCUCUCCACCGGCCAGACUCAAAACCAGAAAGGCUUUAGCUCCCCAUUUCUCCGCUCCUCCAGGCGAGGCCAACAAGAAUCUUCCUUCCCUGAAUGGCUUCUUGGCCUCCCCCGACUUCGAAUGGACGCCCCUCAACGUCGAGCGUUCUGAGCUCUCCCUUCCCCUCACGCUCCUCACCGGUCAGACCUUCAGAUGGAAGCAAACGGGGCCUUCACAGUUCACAGGCGUUGUUAAAUCUCAUCUCUUCUCGCUCAAACAGCUCGACAACGAUGUUGGGUACUUCUUACAUUUCUCGAGAACCAACUCCCUUGUUGCAGAGAAAGCACUGAUAGACUACCUGAAUCUUAAGAUAUCAACGAAGGAGAUGUGGGCAGGCUUCGUUGAGGCGGAUUCUAGGUUCGCAGCUUUGGCUCCACAUGUGGCCGGUAUUCGAGUUCUAAGACAGGACCCGUUAGAGUGCCUGUUUCAAUUCAUCUGUUCUUCCAAUAACAAUAUUGGGAGGAUCACCAAGAUGGUUGAUCACCUUUCCUCGUUUGGUAGUCCCUUGGGCUCGGUUGGUGGGUUUGAUUUCUACGAAUUCCCUUCUUUAGAGGAAUUGGCGCAUGUCUCCGAAGAGCGACUGCGGAAUGCGGGGUUUGGUUACCGGGCCCGCUAUAUAGCUGGCACAGUAAAGGCUUUGUUAUCAAAACCUGGUGGCGGUGUAGAGUGGCUGUCAUCUCUUCGAAAGUUGGAACUCCAAGAGGCUACGGCAAGCUUGUGCACGUUACCUGGAAUAGGUCCUAAGGUGGCUGCUUGUGUGGCUCUUUUUUCUCUUGAUCAGAAUCAAGCUGUUCCAGUUGAUACACAUGUAUGGCAGAUUGCAACUAGGUAUUUUCUACCAGAGCUCGAGGGUGCGAAACUGACAUCUAAGUUAUGCCAACGUGUAUCUGAGGCCUUUGUGAGCAAAUUUGGGAAAUAUGCUGGCUGGGCACAGACGGUACUUUUUGUGAGUGAAUUGCCAAUGCAGCAGGCUUUAUUGCCAUCAGAUUUGUACUGUAAAAAGAAAUCUCCUCAGAGAAAGUCCUCUCACAAAAAGGCAGAAGGUUAAGCAUGAGAUUUUAUGUCGAGUAGAAUUCUUGGUUGGACAGAAGCUAGUGUCAAAACUCCAUUCUGAAAGCAGAGAUGCUGGAAACAACCUUUAGCAAUCCAUGGGCUGACCUUCUUAUUUUUUGGACUCCAGCUUAUGAGUUUGACAAGCUUGCAUAAGCUGGCAUUGUGGAGCUGAAACAGUUCCACUUUAUUUCUGAUUGGCAGUUGCUGACAUAAAAUUAUGAGAAGCUAUAUUCAUCUGGUAUUUUGCGGCAGGGAAUUGUGAACAACUUACAAUUUUGCAAGAAGGCCAGUUUUUUUUGGAGUGUAGAAAAAUUGUUAGGCCCUUGCUCUCCUUGAUAUCAGCUGAGAGUCCCUACAUUUUCGUCAUUCUCAAAAUUUAUUCUUUAAAGCUUCAUUUUUUGAUAUCUGUAUAAUUACGAACACAUCCUGAUGCCGGUUACUGUAUCAUGGAAUCAUGUGGUAUCUGAAGUCAGGAACUUGUUGGUUGACAUA